GAUAUUAGCUGCUGAUAAAGUCAGGUUCAAUUUUCAAGUAAAUACUAUAAAUUUAUAGUAUUUGUUUCAAGUAGCAAAAUGCAAAAUACAAAUUAAGUUUUAGUAUUUAUUCGUGUUUUAUUCUAUAAUUUCUAUCAUAUAAGAAAAUCGUAGGUAUUUAUCUCAAAUUCCAGGUUUACUUUGUUGAACCUAACAUCCAGCGCAUAAUAUGAUCAAAAUACCUAAGCCUUUGGUAUACGUCAGUGUCUUCGGUACAGUAUGCGGUGGUGCUUAUUUGAUCAAGGAUUGGUUUUCUGGAAAAGAUUACAAAAUCAAGACAUCAGCAGCCAACAAAGUGAUCAUAGUUACAGGUGCAAAUACUGGCCUAGGUAAAGAAGCCGUAAGAUUGUUGGCCAUUAAAAAUGCCACGGUCGUGAUGGCAUGUCGAGAUUUGGAAAAAUGUGAAAAGAGCCGAAUUGAAAUAGCACUUAUGUCUAGGAACAAACGUCUUUACUGUCGGAAAUGUGAUUUAUCGUCACAAGAAUCUAUCAGACAAUUUGCAACCAAAUUUCAGAAAGAAUUUAAUAGAUUGGAUGUUUUAAUCAAUAAUGCUGGAGUUAUGAUGUGUAGUAAAUCCUUGACCAAAGAAGGAAUUGAAACUCAUAUGGGUGUCAAUCAUAUGGGCCAUUUUUUGUUAACCAAUCUACUUUUAGAUUGUUUGAAAAAAAGUACUCCUAGUCGAGUUGUCAAUGUGACAACGCUGAAACACGGAUCUAGUAAAAUUAACAAAGAAGAUUUAAAUUCUGAAUUGUCAUAUAGUGAAGAAGAGGCAUAUAAUCAAAGUAAACUUGCAAAUCUUAUGUUUACAUAUAAAUUAGCUGAAAUCUUAAAAGACACUGGAGUUACAGUAAAUGCCGUCUAUCCCGGUAUCUCUACAACAGAUAUUUCAAGACAUUUACCUUAUUAUAAUAGUGUUACUAGAUUUUUCAUAAAACCAAUGGCAUGGCUAUUUUUAAAGUCAGCAGCCAAAGGAUCCCAGACUUUAGUUCAUGCAGCUUUAGAACCAGAACUUGAAAACAUUAGCGGUCAAUUCAUCAGUAAUUUCAAAGUAAUACCAUUACCAUUUCGAGCACGCGAUCAAAAGACAGUUGAAUGGUUAUGGAAAGUCAGUGAAAAAUGGACUAAAGUCAAGGAAAAUGUAUCACCUGAACUAUGAUAUAUAUUACAUUUUAAUUAUUUUAAAUAUGUUUAAAAAAACUCGCAGUAUAACUAUUAGAAAUAACAUUUAAAUUUUGAAUGAAA